UUCCGCGAACAGUGUUCUCCGGCGUGUAAAAUUGUCUGGAAAAUGUAUAUUACUUCUUAAUCCUUCGUAGAAGGUUCCUGUACGGUCUCGACUUAAGUUUGGUGUAUUACGAGUGAAGUUUUCGUUCCCAUCCUCUGGGAAAAAGCCAUAAACGAUAUAAGCAGAAUGGCAAACUGCCUACGAAACGCCACAACCCGGUUCGCCCCAAUCGGCAGGAUUUUCAUCAUCGGACGACCACUUGCAUCAUCCACGGCUGCUGAUGUGGACUCGGGGACGGUAGGGAUUCGACCUCAGGCACAGCUACGAAUCAGAUCACUGCAUGGAGGCCAAAUCAAUCGGUUCGGUGCGCUGGAAAAAGGCACCGGCAUGCAAUAUUCGAGCUUGGAAUCGCCACCACCGGCGGAUCGCUUCCAAGCUACAUCGAGUGACCGAAAUGAAUCAACUCCCGCCGGCAGCGGUAAUCAAUCUUCGGAGGAACAGCUGCAUCGGGUGUUCGAAGUGCUGUCCAACACACUACCGAAGCUGUUCAUCCAACCGUUAGAUUACUCCAUCUACAAUCCGAACCUGAUAUUUGAAAACAACAUUCGUGGCAUGCGAACUGAGGGACUGUACCACUACGUCAAACAAGUCGCACUGUUGCGAACCGUUGGGCAUUUAAAGUACGCCUACGUGACGUUGGAGGUGCUCAAGAUCACCAAACACCCUGAGGAAAACACCGUCAAGGUGCGGUGGCGGAUAAAGGGUAUCAGUGCGCUGAAGGUGAUGUUCCAGUUCUGGAAGUACAAGCUGUGGAAGCUGAAGGAGAUUUUUGCCGAUACGGAAGCGUGGUAUGAUGGCUUUUCGGUAUUUCACGUCGGUCCCGACGGUCUUAUUUAUAAACACGUAGCAGACAAGAUAAUGCCCGAUGACGACAAGGUGGUGGUGUCCCAGAAGAAUGUGAUUUCGCCUAAGUUAGCGCUAUUCGUAGGUCUAACGGUGGAGAUAAGCCCCAUUGUGGGCUGUGUUAAUUGAUGGUUGUCCCGGUCAAUAGAAUAGUGUUUAGUGAUACCAAGUCUCGUUUUUCUUAUGAAGCCAUAAGUUAUUAGAGAGCUACUAAAGGCUUUUCUUUCUGUGUUCGAACAAGAUUUAGUGUUCGAUUGAUAGUAGUUGCUCUGCUUGUUUCGAGAAAUUUAACAACCAGGUGUUUGGGGAAGCAGCAUAAGCCUAUGAAGCGAUGUACUCUGUUUACUAGUGAAUGAAAGGAAAAUAACACGUUGAAGCCGUGUGCCCAACCAUGGCUUGAGAAGAA